AUGUCCGUCGCCGGCCCCUCGUCCAGGCCUGUCCAGGCCUUCUACUGUGCCAUCUGUAGCCUCCCUACCGAGUAUUGCGAGUUUGGACCCAGUGUGUCCAAGUGCAAGACCUGGCUCGAGAGCAACGACAAGGCCGAGUACGAGCGUGUCUGGGGCGAAGGUAACCUCGCCGCACGCAUCGGCACCCUCUCCCUCGACAAGCAGGAGAAGCUCGAGGCCGACGCUGCCAAGGCCGAGGCCAAGGCUGAGAAGAAGGCUGAGGCCGAGGCCAAGAAGAAGGACGCCACCAAAAUCAUCAUCAAGCGCAGCGAACGUACCAAGCGCAAACACGCUACCCAUAUCCAGAACCUGGAGCUGUUCGGCGUCGACCUGAAGAAGGCGGCAAAGCUCUUUGCGUCCAAGUUUGCCACGGGUUCGAGCGUUAGCAAGAACCCCCAGGGCCAGGACGAGAUUGUCAUCCAGGGUGAUGUGGGAGAUGAGAUUGUCGAGAUGCUCCGCCAACAGGUCGGUGUUCUCAAGGGAGCGCCCGCGGAUCAAAUCACCCGUGUCGAGAUUAAGAAGAAGAAGGAGCCUGAGCCCGAGGUGUAA